AUUCCCGUCGCCAAAAGACAGUGAAAAUCAAGUUAAAAGUGAAAAGAUACCCCACAUUCUAAGGAUUCUUCUUCUGAAAAAAAAGACAUGAAAAAUGAUGUCGAAAAAAAACAUAGCAUCUUUCUGUGUUGUUCUCUUUAUGUGUGGAAAGUCGUUCAUUAUGAUGAAUCAAACGCAUUGAAUCCAGCUUUACAAAGUCUCCUUCAAUGUAUUUCGCAGUUUCAUCAAGAGGAAUGGUUAGAUGUGAUAUUAGCGUUUCACAUACUGGCAGAUGCAAGCUGUAAAGAUAAGAGGGUUCUCGAAGCCUUUCAAUGUCUGAUAAGUUAUGAUUUUUCCCCAUCCAUCCCGACGUCGUCACAUUUAUGUGACACCUGCUACUCAAGUUUUUCAAGCAAGCCGAAUACAAGAUUUUUCUGUAAACCAUCAAACGCAACACCAUCAAGUGAUGAUAAAGCUUUACAAGAGCCUGAAGACUUUGAUCUAAAAAAAGACGAAUCAAAUAACGAGAAGGAAGUAAUCAAUAAUGCUCACCAAUUUUCAAACAACAAAGAUUCAACCGAGAGGCUUGAAGAAACGCAAGCAAUCAACAAAUUGGCUUCUGCUCAACGUUUUCAAAAUCGACGACAGUACAGAUGGCCAUGGCAAAUGGUGUACACGUUUAGUGAAUGUCUCAUGACCAUUUGCAUGUACGGAGCAUGCUCAGAUGUCAAGAAAUCCUCCUUGAUAGGCAGCGUUAAGAGGAGUAAAAAUGUUUUAGGAUCAGGUUUAAUUCCACUCCUGAACUACCACUACCCAGGUGAUGAUGACGACAGUUGGAAAGUGCGCUAUGGUGUCGUGAAGAGUCUGGUACGAGUAUGUCGAUAUCAUGGCAGUGACGUCAGUAAAGAUGGUUUAUCAAAUGUUGCAUGGUUAGCUGUGAUUGAAAACGAAAAUACGGAGAACGACGCACGAGUCCUUGAAGCUGUCAAGUUAGCAAGGGUUGAGGCGGAGUUUGAGAAGAGACUCAACGAAGAUCAUGUACGUUCGUCACUAUGGGCAACAAGGAUGGCAUCCGCAUUGCUACCAAUGUUGCAUUAUAAGUUUAUCGAUUCGCCAGCUACAGUUGCAAAUCCCGAGUGUACUGCUGCAUUGAAGUCUAAAGAUAAAGGACCAAUAAAAAAAUUACAUAAAUCUCGCGUUGUUCUUCCAAACACACAUAACAGAUCUGACGUCGACACAACGUUAAGACAAGAGAUCAACUUGAACCAUUUACGUAUGAAACCUCGUGUGGACUACAUCAGCCGACAAAAUAACGAUCUACGAGGUAUAAUCGACGAUCAGUGGAAGAAGGAAUUGUUGCAAGAGCUGGAAGAUGAGAUGAAGGAGAGCAUUGAACAGUUAGAAAAAAAAAGAAACGAUGAAUUUCAAAAUAAAAUAAAACUUUAAAACCGCAUUCUUUAUCGAUCAUAUGUAUUUAAUUCAACUGUAAAUUGAGAUAGACGAAAUAUAGUCGAUGUGUUCAUUUCCAAGAAAA